CCGCGGCGUUACGCAAGGGCGUGGCGGCGCGCUGCGUCGUUACAUUUGAAACGGGUGGCGGGAAGUGCCGUGGGGGUCGCUGGCGUCUUGGUCGGCGGAGCCGGAGCGCGCGCCUGCACCCGUGGGGCCAUGGCGAGACAGGCGGCCCGGGAGCAGGGCAUCACCCUGCGCGGGAGCGCGGAGAUCGUGGCCGAGUUCUUCUCAUUUGGCAUCAACAGCAUUUUAUAUCAGCGUGGCAUUUAUCCAUCUGAAACCUUCACGCGAGUGCAGAAAUACGGACUGACCUUGCUUGUAACUACGGACCCCGAGCUCCUAAAAUACCUGAAUAAUGUGGUGGAACAACUGAAAGAAUGGUUGUACAAAUGCUCAGUUCAGAAACUGGUGGUCGUCAUCUCAAAUAUUGAAAGUGGUGAGGUCCUGGAAAGAUGGCAGUUUGAUAUCGAAUGUGACAAGACUGCAAAAGAAGAUAGUGCUCCCAGAGAAAAGUCUCAGAAAGUUAUCCAGGAUGAAAUCCGUUCAGUGAUCAGACAGAUUACAGCUACGGUGACAUUUCUGCCGCUACUGGAAGUUUCAUGUUCAUUUGAUCUACUGAUUUAUACUGACAAAGAUUUGGUUGUUCCUGAAAAAUGGGAAGAGUCUGGACCACAAUUUAUUACCAACUCGGAAGAAGUCCGUCUCCGAUCAUUUACUACAACUAUCCACAAAGCAGGUCAAGUUUGUCUCAGCUUGCCAGAACUGACCAGGGUCAAGAUAAAUUCUCAAGAAUGAAGAUAACCCCAACAUUUUGCAAAAUAUUAAGGCAAUCCUAGAUAUCAUGGAUCAAAGUAAUCAAAAGUUCGCAUUCCAAAAAUUUGGACAUGGAAAACAUAAAGCAAGAAUACCAUAAACAAGCUCCAGGAAACCCACAUCUCAGGCAGAAUUACCUUUUGUGGCCCUCCUUUACAUUUUACGGAGUCAGUAGGGCCUCACCAUCAGUAUGAGAGUUGCUGUAGCCAAGGUGAAGUGAUGGGCAAGGCAUAUGGAGAAAGAGCCAAGUGCCA